UCACACUCGGUCCCCCUACAUCUAAGACCAGUAUCUGCACUUUGACACACAUCUUACCCUCUUGUACUUUAUUCAUUUUAAAUACAUUGAUUUAUUUUUUUCACGUCUUUGUUGUGACAAUAUUUAAUUUACUUUUAGCAGCUCUGGUGCUGGUCCUAAACUCUUUUUUGCACUUCACUUUGCCUGAUCCUCCGUAAAUUUAACCUGGUGCUAUUGUUGCUUUUUUAUUAUUGUUGUUGUCAUUAUCAUUCUUUUAUGUGUGACCUGUUUAUACUUUGUAUGAAUUGCUUCAUCUGUGAAGUUUCUUCGGUUGUCUUGAAAGGCAAAUCAGUGGAUCAUGAUCACGCUUGUUUCCUCAAGUAAUGAUUUUUGCUGUUAUUUUGUUCCUUGACAAAAUUCGAACGUAAGACAACUUCAACUUGCUACCUAAGGUACGACCAUGGCACGUGACAGCGGUCCAGAUUCUGUUGAUUUGUAAAUGAUUAACAGUCAGUCAACAUUCCAGCUGGCCACAGUGGUCAGUGGCCUCAAAGACAACACUGACAAAAGCUGAGCUCAUUUAUUUUCUCGAAGCACCUCAUGACAGCUGUGUUUUUGUCAGUUUUCAACUUCCCUGUUGCUGUUGUUUUGUUUUUUUUAGAAUAUUUUUUCAGAAUGUGAGCUGAGUGUACUCUCAUCAGGUGUCAGCAGGAAACUUUCAAAGUUCUUCUGUUAGCGGGGACUCGUUUUUAUCUCGUGUGAGAAAUGUCAGAUGCUCCUCGUGGACAUGGACACAAAGUGCAGCAAUGACACCUCACUCCCCACGUCCUAUGAGGAGUCGUCAGGUCCACUCGCUGUCUUCGUCAUCCCUGCUCUGUUGGCUCUCAGCACAGUUUUAGUGGUGACUCUGAUUCUCUGCAGUCUUCGCCAGAACAGACGGAGACGACUGAGCCCCUCAUCUCAUUUUACAAAUGCCCAGCAGAGCCUCACCCUCACGACCGCUUCUGUGAGCACUUCAAAAGUCCAGCAGGCUUUGCGUCCAUGGGAAGUCUCUGAUGAGUGUGUUCUUGAGGGAGUAGAGUUUUGGCAGACUGGUCGCUAUGGCCCAAUUUGUAAAGGCCUGCUGAGGAAAGGAGACGGUGUCUCGUCUGCUGUGGUGAUUAAGUCUCUUCGAGAUGGCCCCGAUCACCCUGAAGCUAAGGAGUUUGUGGAGUGGCUCCUGUUCUAUGCCACCGUGUGUAAACAUGACAAUGUGGUGCAGAUGUUGUACUGUCAGACCAGGCGUUUGCCCAUGUAUCUGGUCUUAGAUGCCUACAGCCCAGGGAACCUGCUUCAUUUCCUCUGGACGCUCAGAAAUGUAAAGGACAAUUCAAACACACCCGAGGCUGUGAUCAACGUCUCGGAGAGGUCCGUGUUUCUGGUGGCAAAGCAGGUUGCAGCUGGCCUGGAUUACCUGAUGUCAGAGCACAGACUGGUGCACGGUGAUGUUGCUGCCAGGAACAUCCUAAUUGGCCCAGGCCUCGCAGUCCGGGUGUCAGGACUGGGUGUAGCGUUUGAAGCACGCACAAUCAUGCAUUCAGUCUGUAGGAAGAGGGCGAUGGAGGUGCCUCUGAAAUGGCAGGCUCCAGAGAGGAUCUUGAUGCAGCUCAGUAUCGACAGGAGCGACGUGUGGUCGUUUGGAAUCUUAAUAUAUGAACUGAUUACAUUAGGCUCUCCUCCAUAUCCUGAGCUGGAUCCUGCAUCCGUCCUCCCAAAGCUGCAGGCGUCUUAUCGGAUGAAGAGACCAGAGAACUGUGGAAGACCUUUGUAUGAUCUGAUGAAGUACUGUUGGAUGUGGAGUUUCAAAGACAGACCUGCAUUCUCAGCCAUCAUAAAGCUGCUCGACUCCUCGCUGCACCUUGCAGCGACUAAACCUCUUCAUAUUCCUGAAGUCGUGGACAUUUUUGAGUACAACAGAAAAGCAGGACUGUUCUCAUGA